GUUCAAUCAGUCCGAAAUCUCUCACAAGUCAACCUAACCUAAGUUAACGAGUUACACCUUACGUUGUAGAUAGAACGUCCUAGAUUCGUGAUCCAAGAUUGUACUGGUAUACUGUAUUUGUAUUGACUGAGAAUGUAAUUGAUUCAACUGUUUAAUCCAUUCAUAGGGAUAAUGAACACAACUCUCCUUAUACUGUCGUCUCUUUUAGUGUUCAUCCUCUCUAUUGUUCUCCUCCAACCUCUUUCCAAGUGGUCGAAAUUGAAAGAAGCAGAAGUUGCAGAUUUGUUGGUGACAAAUGCAUUCAUAUACACCAGUGAUCCUUCUCUGCCCUUUGCUAGUUCCAUUGCCAUUAAAAAUGGUCGAUUUUUGGGUGUUGGCAAUUAUUCAUCUCUUCAGGGAUUUGAAGGAAGUACAACGGAGAAAUUGAAUUUGGAGGGAAAAAUUGUGGUUCCUGGAUUUAUAGAUUCCCAUUUGCACUUGCUUUAUGGUGGACUACAGAUGACUCAAGUGGAACUCCAUGGUGUCAGUACGAAACAGGAGUUUGUUAUGAAGAUUGAAGCCGCUGUUAAAAGUAAGAAGGAAGGUGUUUGGGUUUUGGGUGGUGGAUGGAACAAUGACCUUUGGGGAGGAGAACUGCCAAUUGCAAAUUGGAUUGAUGAUAUAAGUCCUCAAAAUCCUGUUUGGCUAUCACGGAUGGAUGGUCAUAUGGGUUUGGCUAAUUCACUGGCAAUCAAGAUGGCUGGUAUUACUCGAGAAACCAAAGAUCCACCUGGGGGAACAUUAAUCAGAACUGCAGAUGGAGAGCCUACUGGAUUGCUGAUAGAUGCUGCAAGACAGCUUAUUCUUCCAAAUAUCCCAGAACCCACCAUUGAUGAAAGGAGGGAAGCAUUAUUAAAGGCCAGCUAUUAUGCUUUGACCAAAGGUGUAACAACAGUGGUUGAUAUGGGAAGAUAUGUUCCCGGUUCUUCAUCAGAGUUACCAUGGCAAGAUUUUACAGAUGUCUACAACUGGGCAAAUGCUUCUGGAAAUAUGAUGAUCAGAGUUUGUCUGUUUUUCCCCCUUGAUACCUGGUCACGUGUAUCUGAUCUUGUGCAGAAAUCAGGUCGUAUGGUUAGCAAGUGGCUUUACCUUGGUGGUGUCAAGGCUUUCUUAGAUGGAUCGUUGGGGUCUAAUAGUGCCCUCUUUUAUGAGCCAUAUGCUGAUGAUCCUGGGAGUUCAGGCUUUCAAGUGAUGGACCUUGACGAUCUGCUCAACAUGACUGCACUUUCUGACAAAUCUGGGCUGCAGGUCGCCAUUCAUGCUAUUGGCGAUAAGGCGAAUGACUUAAUCUUGGAUGUGUAUGACUCAGUUGCUUCUGAGAAUGGAGAAAGGGACCGAAGAUUUAGGAUUGAACAUGCUCAGCAUUUGGCACCUGGUUCAGCGGCUCGAUUUGGUAAACAAGAAGUAGUUGCUUCAGUACAGCCUGUGCACCUUCUUGAUGAUGCUAUUUCUGUAGAAAGAAAAUUGGGGAAGCAACGGGCUGAACAUGGAUCUUAUCUCUUUCGUUCACUUCUAACAAGUCACUCACUGCUAGCUUUUGGAUCUGAUUGGCCUGUUGCAGACAUUGAUCCUUUGAACAACAUCAGGACAGCAGUAAAAAGGGUUCCACCAAUGUGGGAAAGAUCAUGGAUUCCAUCUGAAUCCCUCUCACUCAAUGAUGCACUUGAUGCGCACACGAUUUCAGCAGCUCGUGCGUGUUUUCUUGACAAAGAAAUAGGGUCAAUAUCUCCAGGAAAACGGGCAGAUUUUGUUGUAUUGUCCACAAACUCAUGGGAGAAAUUUAUAGCUGAAGCAUUUACUUCUGUAAAGGCUACAUAUGUUGGUGGAAUUCAAGCCUAUUCUUCAAAGAAUGUUGUGUGAUUAUAUAUUUUGGCAUGUCUGGUAAAAUAAACAAUUCUAUUGAGUAUUUCUAUUUUUAGACUUUUA